UUGCAUACACCAAGAAGUCGAAGCGGGCCAGGCCUUCAGAUACCGUCUGAAAACGAAAAGCCGCGAUUGCCACUUUCUGUGGUUGCUACUAAAGCAAAGGGACAAGGAGAUUGAGACUCCUUGGCAUGGAGUGGGAGUACACCUGGGUGAGUGGCCUCCCCAUAGGCACCUGUGCCUUUGCUCGUCCCGGCCUCCCGCCGCCAGGCAGCGUGGUUUCAGGUCCUUGGUGAGCUGGAGAGUGGAUCCUUCCCUCUCGUGGCUCUCAGUGUGCUGGGAAUCUGGGGAUCUGGCGGCUAGACUCACGCGUCCCGGCUCGGGAGGUCAGGCUGGAUGUUGCCUGGGAAGCAGCUCCGGGUUGCAGGGCAGGGACGCGCCCUUCCCCCGUGCAAACUUUCAGUCGCUGCGACGGAAGCAGGAACUUGGUCACGACAAAAUCUGCGGGAGCGGUGCGGGAGCUGCGGAGCAUCCCCUGCGAUCCCCCAGAGCCUUGCGCCGCUUCGCCGGUUCUUCGCAAAAGCCACCUAGCUGUCCUUGGGCCCAAGCGCCACGGGAGCCACAGGGGUCUCCCGCUUGCAGAGCAAAAGCAAUCUGUACAAUCUUCCUGAAGUAAACUGAGACCAGAAGGGCCAAACAUCCUUGGUCUCUGCAGAGAGACCAAGACGAAGCAACGGUUCAGAAUGCUCUUCGGGGGAGAGAGACUGGUUAACGUGUUGGUGGUAAUUUCCUUCCUGACACCAAGGCUAUCUGCUGGUCAGAACUGCCUCACCAAGAGUCUAGAGGACGUUGUCAUUGAUAUUCAGUCUUCGCUUUCGAAAGGCAUCAGGGGCAAUGAGCCCAUACACAGGGCCACUCAGGAAGACUGCAUCGGUGCCUGCUGUUCUACACAGGACAUAGCAGGGGACAAGUCAUGUAAUUUGAUGAUCUUCGAUACCCGGAAGAAGGACAGACAGCCCAACUGCUACCUGUUUUUCUGUCCCAGUGAGGAUGCCUGUCCACUGAAGCCAGCCAAGGGCCUUGUGAGCUACAGGCUCAUCAGAGAUUUUCCGCUGUCCAGAGCUAAUUCAUCACUCCAAAAGUUAACCCAAGAAGAGCCUCUCUUACUUGGCCAUACCUCACCAGGAGUCACCCCUGAGGUCGCUCGCCAGGCAGGUUCCCCGAAGCCCACCACCGGGCUGUUUUGGAGAAACCUAUCUUCUCCGAAGUCCACGGCCUCCGAGCACUUGCACAAAGUCAUUGAUAAAGCAAGCCUGCAACUCCCUGAAGGAAGAAGCCGUUCUCAGAGUAUACAGCUUCCCUCGGAACUAAAAAUAGCUAAUCUGCUCCCUAAAACUGUGAUGACUCCGUCUACCACUGUAGCUGCUGCUCCCCUCCACAAUGUCUCCACCACUCUGAAGCCUGCAAUUCUGUCGGCCAGCGUUUCAGUGACACCUAAGACUUCGAAUAAUGAGGCCACCACAGCUCCACUUGUAAGCCCGGUGACCUCAAAGCCCCCAGGAGCUCCCAUGUCUACAGGUUUUACACCCGCGGUUAAACACCAGUCAGCUUUGACUGCCUUGGUGCGUACAGACUCGAAAGGCAUCCUAGAAAUGGCGCCUAAGGAUAACUUUCAAGGAGCCUCUAUGCUCACUUCAGACACAGAGGAUGGGAAGAGCUCUGCGGUCGUUUCUUUGUCAACCUCAGAGUCUUCCACAACAAACCAGGCUGCUUCCUGGGAGGAUGGGAGGGUCAGUGUAGGUAGUGCAUCACUGAACAGGGGUCCGAAAAGCCAGCACGGCCUUUCAUUUGAGAAGUGGCUUCUCAUUGGGACCCUCCUCAUCGGUGUUUUGUUUCUGGUAACAGGCCUUGUCCUCUUGGGUAGGAUACUGGUUGAAUCCCUCCGUAGGAAACGGUAUUCAAGACUUGACUACUUGAUCAAUGGGAUCUAUGUUGACAUCUAAAGACAAAUUAGGUAUCUCUUAAUUCAUGUAAGAACUUGUUGCCAAAUGCAUCUCUGGUCCUUCUGCCCAGCCCAUCUCGGCAGGAACUAUAUCUUGAAGACUAGCUCUACUUCCCUCCCUCCCCUCCCCCUCCCCCUCCCUCUCUUCUUCUUCCUCCUCCUCCUUUCCCUUUUUGAAACAGGCUCAGGUAGCCCAGGCUGGUUUUGAACUUCUGAUCUUCCUGCCUCUGCCUCCUGAGGGUUGCAGAUUUUCACUACCAUGUCUGGAUUUUUAAUUUAAAAAAAAUUAAAAAAAAAUUUUUUUCUUUGCUAUACUAGAGGUCAGGGCCUUCUGGAUAUAAGGCAAGCCUUCUUCUCCUGAGCCACACCCUCAAUUCAACCACUUUCUGUUUGUCUGUUUGGCUUUUUUUUUUUUAAAGAGGAAGAGAAAGGGGUUAAAAGAAACUAAAUUGCUGAGUGAUCUGCCUGUAAAAUAGUAGCCGGAAAUAAUUCCUAACUAAAAUAUUAAGUAUACUUGAAUAUAAACUAGAAACAUGUAUCUGGCUUUAGAUAAAGAUAGCUCAUAGGUUUAGGAUAUCUGAGCUGCGAUUCAUUACUAUUUCCCAUCCCAGAUAACGGCAACUGUUUGAUACUAGUUUUAAUGCAGCCUCUUUUCCUUUUUUUUUUAAAAUAUGAAUUCCAAUAAAACUCAUUCCAGAUGUAUCUCCCUCCAAUUAAAUAUUUGAAUAAAUCUCUUGAGCCUC